CUUAUGACAAACGGCCAGCACACACCACCAGCGCCCUGUUCGACUCUGCUUACUCCCCCACCUUUCGCAGAGAGGUCAUGUCCAACUUGUAUAAAUGACAACCGGAAAAGCUUGAUGCCAUGAUGCUGUUUGCCAAAGCUACAAAAUAUUUAAACAAAUUACCCUUAUUGGCUGACAGAAGACAUUUCUGGGGUUGGCUGAAUGCAGUGUUUAAUAAAGUAGAUUAUGAAAGGAUAAAGGCAGUGGGUCCAGAUCGUGCUGCUUCUGAAUGGCUUCUGCGAUGUGGAGCAAAAGUGCGCUACAAGGGCUUCGACAAGUGGCAGCAGGAUUAUAAUGGUCUCCCAAGUGGCCCUCUAGGGAAAUACAAGAUACAGGCUAUUGAUGCCACAGAGUCAUGUAUCAUGUACCGAGGUUUUGACCACUUAGAAGGCCUGGAGCAUGUGGAAGAGAUUAAAUUAAUCAGGUGUAUCUACAUUGAAGACCCAUGUUUAGAGAGGAUAAGUGCCAUUACAAACCUCCAAGCCAGCCUGUCAAGCCUAGAGGUAGUGUCAUGUGGCAAUGUGACCGAUCGAGGCCUCUUGGCCUUGCAUCAUCUUAGUAAUCUGCAGCGGCUCUUUCUCAGUGACCUACCUGGAGUGCAGGAGAAGGAAAAAACAGUGAAAAUCCUACAGACAGCAUUGCCAAAAUUGGUGGUGGAACAAGAUGUACAGUAAGACUUGAAACGAGCGCUGCGUACACCAAUCGACUAUAACACUGGAAUUUGAAAAAUGGGAGAGGCAUCCAGCGUCUGCAAUGACUUUUUCUUUGUUCAGAGUGGUUACAAAUAACAGUUUUAGAGGCAUUUUGUGACACAUCUUCUAAACAUUAAACUAGUAUUUAAUUUGCUGUCUUUCAUUUUUAAUGCAGGUGCUGUUUUCAGAAACUGUGGCAAGUAGCAUUGCCAACUCACUGCAUGUAGAACUCACUUUGGAAUCUAUUUGGCAGGAAAGCUUUAACAACUGCCUGUGUUUUUCAUGGGAAGUGAUUUCUUCUUGUAAUUUUAAGGAUUAUAAGUAGUCCUCGACAUACAACCUAUGGAUCUUACGACCAUUUGACUUAUCACCGCUGUCGCAUCUCAUGGGCAAACAACAGUUUUCGCCAUGCCAGUUCCAUAUGCUGUGACUCGUUCAUCUUGAACUCAAUUUAUUACCUGCAGCGGUUUCAACUAAAGGUGAUUUACCUCAGUUCAAAAAUGAAGGUGGAUCAAACAGUAUGAUGAAGGAAAGAAAGCGAAUGCGAUCACAUGUAACUUUAAGUUAUCCCAUUGUAACUGUUGUUUGCCAUAUGCACUGUACUGCUGUGCUCUGGCUUUGAAUCCAGUGUGACAGAUGGCCAGGGCAUGGGUGGAAGGACCGAGGGAGAGACUUCAUUUAGGACAUUAUCUCCCCUGAGACAUUAGAGGGCAGCCCCCCUGGGUUGCUACAGCUCCACGGAUCCCCACAGGGCAUGUCGGGAGUUAUAGUUUGGAGCGGCUCUGUGGGUGCUGCAUGUUGUGCUGGGUCCUUGGAAGAAGCACUUCUCCCACACCCGGAAGUGUAGCCGGAAGAAGGUCGAGAAACACCUGGAGCACUGCCGGGUACACUAUAAAAGGAGCCGCCUCCCCACCGAUCAGGGAGCCAGUUGGGUGGAGGUGUAGUGCAUAAUUGAGAGAAAGAGAUAAGGACUGUGAUAUAUUUGGUGCUUUGUACUGUGCUGUAAAGUGGGGAGCAACAGAAAAUGCUUUCCCACUGAAGAAUAAAAGUUUGUUGUAUUGAA